AUGUCGUUCACCGACCGGGUGAAGGCGCACAAGUCGGCCAAGAGCGGCAAGAAGGAUACCUCGAGUACACUUCCCCCACAACUCAGCAAAAAGGAGAAGAAGCUGGCCGCGCAAAAUAAGGCAUAUUCCUUUGAUGCUCUCGUUGAAGAGGACCCAAUGAUGUUGGUAGAAUCCCUAAAAGCGAUCGCAGAUGACCAACCGCUUGUCGCAAGAUCGAUCCCCAAGCACGCCAAAAUCCCGCAAAAACCGAAGGACCCGCUGCGGAAUUGUCUUUUCGAGCAGGAGGUGUACGACACGAUGCUGUCGGACAGCCUGAAAGUGUGCGAUCUGCUCGCCUCGCACCUCGAUGAUUGUAUGGCCCACGUCCGGGCGAAGAGCCCUGAGUUUUCCAAGAUGAACUUGUCGGAUCAUAGUGAUUGCCGCGAUUCCGGCCGAGGCCCAUCUUCCGCCUCCUCAACCAUUUCUACCUCGCCCACAGCGUAUAAGCGUCCACUGAAAUCCUGCGUACGCACCGAUUUA